AUGACAACUUAUAAUUAUAAGCUAGUACUCUUUAUAUUCUUUUCCUUCUCUUUCUUCCUACACCAAUCCUAUUCCAUUGAAGAAUCCACAAGUGAUGAUAUUAGCUGGUGGUGUAGCACCACUCCUCAUCCUGAACCAUGCAAGUAUUUCAUGUCCGACGCCACACUCCAACGUACUUACAAGCCAAAAUGUAAAGCCGAUUUUCUAACCAUGACUACAGAAGUUGCCCUGGAACAAGCUCUUCUAGUACAAAACCAUUCCAAAAAUAACGGCCAACACUUUCGUGGAAAACGAAAGAAACUAGUCUGGAUGGAUUGUGACAAGCUUAUCGACGAUACCAUCCAUCAAUUAAACCGUACUCUUCAUGGCAUUGGAUCUAACUCAACUUCUUGUACCGAAUUCGAUGCUCAAACUUGGCUUAGUGCCUCGUUAACAAAUAUUGAGACAUGUCUAUCGGGUUCAACUCAGCUCAACGUUUCAAAUGUACUACACCCAACUUUAUCCGCUAAUGUCUCACAGCUUAUUAGCAACUCUUUGGCUAUAAAUGGAGAGUUAGUUAAUUCACAAAACUCAACAGAAAUUGGUGGAUUUCCAAGUUGGGUUACGUCUAGGGAAAGAAAGUUGUUACAAUCUUCGACGAGGAGCUUGGCUUCCAAGGCAAUUUACGUGGUGGCACAAGAUGGAUCGGGAAAUUUCCGAUCCAUUCAGGCUGCAGUUAAUGCGGCCGCAAACAAAGUUUCAGAUGAGAGGACAAUUAUAUAUAUUAAAAAAGGUGUUUAUAGAGAAAAUGUGGCGAUAGGACCUUCAAUGAGUAAGAUCAUGUUAGUUGGUGCUGGUUUGAGAUACACAAUAAUUACAGGCAGCCGAAGUGCAGCAGGAGGUUUCACAACUUACAGUACUGCAACUGUUGGUGUUGAUGGAAGUGGAUUCAUUGCGCGUGGCAUCACAUUCCGAAACACAGCCGGUCCGAAAAAUGGUCAAGCAGUCGCUCUCCGAUCAGCCUCUGAUCUUUCGGUAUUCUACGCAUGUGGUUUCGAAGGAUAUCAAGACACAAUAUUUGUCCAAUCCCAACGACAAUUUUACAAAACAUGUCAUGUUUAUGGCACGAUAGAUUUUAUAUUCGGUAACGCUGCAGUUGUUUUCCAAAAUUGUGUCAUCUACGUCCGAAGACCCUUAGUAGGUCAAGUCAAUGUGAUCACAGCACAAGGCAGGGGUGAUCCUUUUCAGAACACUGGUAUAUCAAUUCACAAUUCAAGAAUAACAGCAGCACCUGAUCUUGCGCCUGUGGUUCGAGCAUUUAAGACAUAUAUGGGACGUCCGUGGCAGGAAUAUUCAAGGACAGUUAUAUUGAGGUCUUAUAUUGAUCGUUUGGUUAGUCCAUCAGGAUGGUUACCCUGGCUAAAUUCGGAUUUCGCAUUCAAAACUUUGUAUUAUGGAGAGUAUGGUAACUUUGGACCAGGGGCUUCAACUAGGUAUAGGGUAAAAUGGCCUGGUUACCAUGUUAUUACCGAUGCAAAAGAGGCUUCAAAGUUUACUGUUGCAAAUCUUGUAGGUGGUCGAUCAUGGUUGCCUUCUACUGGUGUGCCAUUCACUUCAGGGCUCUGAAUUUGGUCUAUUUAUUUAUUUGUAUAAUAAUUAUUAUAUCCAUUCAUUAUUUUGUACAUGUGUGUAAUGACAUUAUCUAAAAGUUAUGUACACGAGUAUAA